ACUUUACAAUGCUGAUCAGCCGAUGUUCCUGUUUGAAGCUCAUGCUUUUGAUGGUUGGACUGGGAAUGGCAUCCUCGUUUGAAAUUAUCAGACAAUGUCCUGUACAUUUCGUCUUCAAAGAUAACUAUUGCCAGUAUCAGCCCGUGCAGGGUUAAGACUUGAUAACAACAAAUAAAUUAUUUCUGAACAUUAACCAAACUGGGCUGUUUUAAUAACAGCACGGAAACUAAGAAAUCUAUUCUUAGGAAUAGUUUUUCAAAGCAGUUCGU